AUGCACCCUUCCCUGAAAUUAUCCAAUCUCUCUAGACUACCUAUUGGACUCCGUCAUCACGCCAAGGAGGCUGCUGAGGGCUCAUUCGCAGGAAUGCGAUAUAUCGCUAGCACGUUCAACACGCUCCCUCAAAACCAGAAACUUCUACUUGCCCCAGUAUUCUGCUCCCAGCUUGAUACAGCCCAUAUUCCUCAAUACUUGGAAGUCUCGGAGUCGAGCUUGCUUUCAGAAGUGCUUAUCAACCUUGGUUCUCGAAUCUACCUUGUGCUAUCAUCACUCCGUGGUCUUCAAUUCCUCAUUAGCCGGAUCCUCCUUCCAGCUCCCGCCGUCGCUAUAGUUUGGCCCCGAGUAUGGGAGUGGAUUGUCUUCCUAGACAAUCUAUGGCAGCAAAUUCCCUCGUUCAUCGUGGAUCAACUGCAAGACCAAGUUCUACUCAGGACUUUAGGAGCUAUCAGGCAAGACCCAGACAUGUAUCUUGCUACCGUCUUGAAUAACAGACAAGAGUAUCUUCCUGUUGUAGGGAGCAUCUGGUGUCGAUUGGCAUCACGUCAUGACGUUGAAUUCGUCGGAGACUUGAUGCUUGCGUUAACGGAUGACGGACGGGGAGAAAAUGCUAUGUUGACUGCCCAUGGACUUGAAGGUCUGGACAGCCUAGUCUCUGGGAUGGGUGGGUCCCGGAAGACUCUCGCGCAGCUCAUUGUCAUAACUAUGCGACGAAUUUACUCCAAUCCUCCGUAUGACAAGCAAAGCGGCAAAGUUGCUCGUAGCGUCGUCUCUGCUUCCGACGCGUCAAUUUCUAUAGGCGCAUUCACUGCUAUGAGGGUACUAAUGACACAAGGGAGGAAGGCUUACCCCAGCUUUUCGAGUCAUCUUCUCCACGCUGAUAUCAUACCUGCAUUGGCUCAUGCCACUCGUAUUCAAGCGGAGACGACACCUUCUCACUUUAGAGAACCAACGCUCCCCGCUGGCGGCAAUCUGACACAGUCCUCCCAAACUACAAUGCUUCAUUCUCUCUACGUAACUUUAGCCAGCACGCAAAAGGCCCCUCAAAAAUGGUUUGCACAAGCUCUUGAGGCCGGUCUGCUUCGUGCUGUGCUUUUAUCUGCCGAUGUCAACGCGAGAACAGACUACUCGCAGGAUACACUCUUCGGAGACAUCACGGUGCAAAUAUUCCGUUACUUGUUGCCUGCGUAUAGCUUCUAUCACUCAGUACUUAUCCCCUUGCAUGCGGCUUUCAAAGAUGUUGACGACUCGAACUUGGACCCGGAAAAGAUUCUGGAGCCCGAAAUUUUCUUCGACUGGAGUCUUCUUCGAGUGCAUGUCGAACAACUACUCGCCGUUGAUCGCAGGAAAAAAGAUUCGGCGUCACGGACACAUUUCCGAGCAUGCGAUAAUAUGCAUUCGUGUGGCAAAAUUUUGCACAAAACACAGCUCAAGCAAUGCCCACACUGUCUCGACCGCCAAUAUUGUGAUGUAACGUGUCAACGUAUGGACUGGCGAGGCUCCCACCGAGAGCAAUGCUCCCUAUUGAGAGUAUCCACAAUGGAAUAUCGUACUCUGGUCUCCCGACAAAACCAUUCCUUUUUUCGUGCCCUCAUCGUCUCCGCGUUUGAGGAGGUCAAAUACACUUUGUCCGUCGACCUGGUAAAGUUCAUGGCAACCCAUAAUAUCCCGCUCUACCAGACUUGCGUCAAGUUCACCUUCCUUCGCGUAUACGCGCGCGAUGACCUGACGUCGGACUUCCGCAUCAUGAAUACUUCUUCUCAGAGUCCUAAAGGGGCUCGGUUCUUUGGCAUUUUCUCCCAUUCCUUCAAACGUGUGCGGGAGAGCAACGGGAAGAUGCAGAUGCACUUCUUAGAGGUGGUACAUGGGUCCCGCGACCAGAAUCCUCAGGCUCCCCCGUUGGAUCCCCUGUUGGAAGAAGAGGAAAAAGAAGACGGCUACGACUCCGAGAUUGACUCGGGAUCAGAAUUUGAGCUGGACGAUGACUUCGACUCUAACCUGGACAGCAGAAGAAUCCUGAUUCCAAUGCCGUUGAGAUUCGAUAGCGGCCAAUAUUCUUCAAAACUCGAGGAGUUGGCAGGUCUCAAAGCAACUGGUGGGAUAAAUGAGACAGAAUUUGUUGCAGAGGUUGAAAAGAUUGUCGAUGGAAUGGGCACUUGGGCGUAUUCAAAUUAG